GUCGCGGUUGCCUUUUAGUUUCUAUCUAAUCAGUGACAAGCAUAGACAGCUUUGCAGCCAAGAAUUAAAGGGGCGUCCAGAUUAAUUCUGACUAUCCAUUUGUAAAUUUGGAUCCAUUAUAUAUCUAGUUUGGAUUUAUACGAACCAGAUGCACUCACCUUUUCUUCUUCUUCUUUGAGAGCAUCUCCAGUACUCCAAAUUAAAGCCUUUCGUCAUGGUCUCCGGCGCCGGCGAGCCGCCGGCGGCGCAGUCGAAGAAGGUGUGCGUGGUGGGCGGCGGGCUGGCGGGGCUGGCGGCGGCGCGCGAGCUGCGGCGGGAGGGCCACGCCGUGACGGUGCUGGAGCAGAGCCACGACGUCGGCGGCCAGUGGCUCUACGACCCUCGCGCCUCCGCCGCCGACGCCGAUAACGGGCCGCCAGUGCACAGCAGCGUCUACGCGUCGCUCCGGCUCGUCGGCCCGCGGGAGAUCGUGGGCUUCUCCGACUUCCAGUUCCGGCCCGUCCACGGCCGCGACGCGCGCCGCUUCCCGGGCCACCGCGAGGUCCACCGCUUCAUUAAAGACUUCGUGGCCCAGUUCGGGCUCGCCGACGCCAUCAAGCUCGACACCACGGUCACCCGCGUCGCCAGAGCCGCGUCUUCUUCUCCGACACCGGCGGAGAGCCAAUGGGUUGUCACCUCCGUUCACGGCGGCGGCGCCAUGGAUGACGAGGUGUUUGAUGCUGUCGUGGUGGCCACGGGACACUUCACGAAGCCGAGGUUUCCGCGCAUUGAAGGCAUGGAGGAGUGGGGUCUUCUCCGGCGCCGGCAGGGGCACAGCCACUGGUACCGGACGCCGAAGCCGUACCGCGGCGAGGCGGUGGUCGUGGUCGGCUGCGGGGACAGCGGCAAGGACAUCGCGCUCGACCUCCUCCGCGGCGGCGCCAUGGCGGUGCACGUCUCCGCCGCCAGCCUCGACGGAUCCAUGUCGCCGGCCAUGGCCAAGCUCCAGGCCAAGCACCACAACCUGCAUCUCCAUCCGCGGCUCGAGCGGCUUCAAGCCGCCGACGGCCGCGCCGUCUUCGCCGACGGGUCCAGCAUCUUCGUCGACGCCGUGCUCUACUGCACCGGCUACGCCUACUCGUUCCCCUUCCUCGACCUCGACGCUGCGGCGAUCUCCGUCGACGAGGAAGACGACGGCGUGGGCACGCCGGUGCUGUUCGAGGGCGUGUUCCCGCCGUCGGCGUCCGUGGCGCCGUCGCUGUCCUUCGUCGGCAUCCCGAGGACGGUCCUCGUGCCGCGGUCAUUCGAGGCGCAGGCGAGAUGGGUGGCGCAGAUGCUCUCCGGACGCCGCAAGCUGCCGCCGGAGGAGGAGAUGUUGAGGAGGGCUUUGGAGUCGCAGGAGCGCCGCCGCCGACAUCGAGCCGGGUUGGAGCCUGUGGAGAUCUUUGAGGAUGGAGAGGAGUACUACCGGGACUUCCCGCCGGUGGAGAGCUGGAGGAAGGAGCUGGUCAUGUCCUCCAUUGCUAGAAGGAGCCAGGACUUGGAGAGCUUCCGCGACCUCCCCGAAGAAGACGAAUGCGAGACCGCCCCGAAGGGCACCGGUGGCGACGACUUGGCGGCAGCUCAGGAUCGACAAGGUCAUCAAAUUGUGGAUGCUCAAGUUGCUCUGCCGGCCAUGGACAAGCUCCUUCUGAACGUAUAAAGUACAUGGAUGCUUUGGCUCAUCUGCUAAUAACAAAGUUUCAGAUACAAGCUGUUGAAUAAUCUCUGAACAAAUAUUCAGAUAGAAGAAAAUAUCCAAAUGGAGUGCUGGUUUCUGAAUUCUGAGCUAGCCUUGGAUGGAAGAAGACAUGGGAAUGGUCAUUUAUACCCUUGGCUGCCAAGUCAAAUACUACAUAAAUGAAUCGUGUUACAUUGUGGUACAAUUUUUCUACAUGUAAAGACCGUGUCACUUAUUCAAAUAACUAUUGUACAA